AUGGAGUUCCAGGACGCCCAAGUCUAUCUCAAUAACCUGGUCAAUGUGACCUCGACGCAGUUCCAUAAGAUCCCUGGGUCGGCCAUAUUCCUGCGUUAUGUCAAGUCCAGCUACCAGAACGACCCUGUCCGCUCCGCUGUUGAGCUCUUCCUCGUGCUCUUUGCUAUCCGAUAUCUGCUGGCCCCCAAAUACUCGACCAAGCCUAACUAUGUGAAGUUGUCGGAAGAGGAGAUCGAUGAACUCGUGGACGACUGGACGCCCGAGCCUUUGGUGGCCAAAAUGACGCCUUUCGAAGAGGCGGAACUGGAGAAGCGACCCGUAAUCGUCGGCCCAAGCGGUCCUCGCUCGAAACUUGCCAACGGGCGUACCGUGACCAAUCUGGCAUCAUACAACUUCUACAACUUCGUGUCGAACGAAAACCUGAAAGAGCGGGCUAUACAGACGCUGCGGACAUAUGGGGUCGGCCCCUGCGGGCCUCCCGGCUUCUAUGGCACGCAAGAUGUGCACAUGAAGAUUGAGGCCGAUCUUGCGGCGUUUCUGGGCACGACGGCUUGUAUAAUAUAUGCUCAAGCAUUCUCUACGAUAUCAAGUGUGAUACCCGCGUUCUCCAAGCGCGGGGAUAUCAUCGUCGCCGACAAAGCGGUGAAUUAUGCGAUCCGCAAGGGAAUUCAGAUCUCCCGGAGUGCAGUGAGGUGGUACGAGCACAACGACAUGGAAGAUCUGCAAAGAGUGCUGGCCAAGGUGACCAAGGAGCAAGCCAAGAAGCCAUUGACUCGGCGGUUCAUCAUCACCGAAGGCUUGUUCGAGAAUGUGGGCGACAUGGCUGAUCUGCCUAAAAUCAUUGAGCUGAAGCUCAAGUACAAGUUCCGGCUGAUCCUCGACGAGACCUGGUCGUUUGGUGUACUGGGAAGAACGGGGCGAGGCCUGACAGAACACCAGCACGUCGACGCCGCCGAGGUUGACAUGAUCAUCGGCUCCAUGGCAGGGCCAUUGUCGGCUGCGGGUGGCUUCUGCGCCGGCUCGGAUGAGGUUGUGGAACAUCAACGAUUGUCGGCGGCCUCGUACACGUUUUCCGCUGCGCUUCCCGCUAUUGCAGCGGUGACCGCGAGCGAGACGCUCAUGAUGCUGCAGACGCAACCCGAACUGUUUACGCAGUUGAAGGAAAACAUUCGAGCCAUGUGGGCCCAACUCGACCCGCGGAGUGAUUGGAUGUACUGUACAAGUGCUCCGGAGAAUCCUAUCAUGCUUCUGUCGUUGAAGCCCGAGGUAGUUUCGUCUCGGCGGUUGACCGUUGACGAUCAACAGCAAAUACUCCAAGAUAUUGUGGACGAGUGCCUCGCUCAAAAUGUCCUCAUCACACGCGUCAAAAACCUACCUGCGGGGCCUUCGGGAACGAAGACGGAUAUCUACUCCCCCUUGCCCGCGUUGAAAGUGUGUAUUACCUUGGGCCUUACGAAGAAGGAAAUUGAGAAGUCUGGCAUCAUAAUUCGACAUGCCAUUACCAAGAUCCUCACCCGGAAACGGUGA